AUGGAAAUUGGAGAAAUAAUUAUUUGCGCAACAUGUAUGAGUGGUGAUCGACGCCUUGUACCUUUACAUACAAUGAGAAAUAUUUUAAAAGAAAUUAAUUUUACAAGCCUAGAUAUGUGCAAUAACACCAGCAUUUGUUGGGAGUGUAAGGGCCACAUAUUAAAGUUUUACAGAUUUAAAAUUAAAGCUUUACAUGCACAAACUGCAAUGUCUCAGAAUUGGAAGCUUAAAGAGUUAAAAUCCUUAAGCAGUUUGGUGAUACGUGAAAUCAGUAAUAAUUACCAACAUUGUUACAAUAUAGAUCCUUUAGUCAACUGUGAUAAUGAACCAAAACUAGAAAAUAAUAUUAUUAAAGAAGAAGAAGAUGAUACAAGGGAGUCAUCAGAAGUGAAUGGAAAAAUAAUAGAAACAGACGAGAGUAUUUCACAUAUCUACGUAGACAAUAUUAGUGAUAAGGAAAAAUUUAAUAAUGAAAAUGAAAACAUUCUAGAAAAUGAUGAAAAAAUUUAUGAAACAAUAGAAGAAAAUCAUAAUUUCAAUGAUGAAAACAAAUUAGAAAUUAAUGAAACAGAUGCAGAAAUAAAUACAACAGAAAAUAAUGAUGCAGUUAGUGCUGUAAAGAAAGGAACUAUUGCUACAAGACCUAAAAUGGAUGCAGAACUUCAGGAAAAGUUCAUAAGAGUAGAGUUUAGUGAAGAAGAGAUUAUACAACACAGAGAAAAUAAGAGAAACCAUUAUAAUUUUAAGAAGGUACCAUUUAAAUGUAACUCUUGUGUGCUUGGGUUUACUAGAAAAGAGACUUUUGAUAAGCAUAUGGCGAAGAAACAUGACGAGAGCAUAGGUCCCCAUAAAUGCGAUAUUUGUGAAGUACGUUUCGCGUCAAAGAUGUCAGUGGCGAACCACAGGCUGCGCCACUACUCCUGCUACAGAUGUAGGCUGUGCAAGUAUGACACCACAGAGCUUUGGUCUGCGCUCAACCAUUGUAAGAUGAAACAUAAACGGGACCGUCUUGACAGCAUACAUUGUACACAGUGUGAUACAGUUGUUAAGACAGCUGAGGAGUUGGAGGAGCACAUACAGUUGGAGCACAGUCUCCAUUGUAACGAGUGUGGCGUCAGGUUCAAGGGGAAGAAUACUUUGAGGAAUCAUAUGAAAAGGGGUCUCCACUCUAGCGUCGUCACCGACAAGAGAAACUAUAUAUGCGACGUUUGUACGAGGACAUUCGUGACCAAGAGUCGGCUGGAGAGUCACAUGGCGGGCCACAACACCUCCCUGGCUAAGAAACUGUCUUACUGUCACGCGUGCAAAGUGCAGUACAAGAAUAUUUAUGUGUAUAGGAACCACCUCAAAAAUAGCACCAACCAUUCUGAAAGAGCCUUCUCGUGUCCAGAGUGCAACAAAAAGUUCGCAUCCAAAGUGUACUGGACGAGGCAUUACAACUUCUACCAUUUGCACAAGUCACAAUAUAACUGCGAGAUAUGUAAUAAGCUGUUCAUAUCGGACUGGCGGCUGAAGAACCAUCGCCAGAAACACCACGGCCUGUCCCGGCCGAGGAACCACCCUUGCACCACUUGUGGCAAGAAGUUCUUUUCUAUCACAACACUACGGAACCACAAGCUAAUUCACUCGGAGCAGAGGAGCUACAUGUGCGAGGACUGCGGCGACACUUUCAAACAGCGGCCGGCGCUGUACACGCACGCCAAACUUGUGCACGGCGACGGGCGACGGAAAUAG